UCGACCUCCCUCAUCUCCAACUUGACAUUUCUAUACACCGUCAGUCGCGUCGUAUCGCGUCUCCCUCUUGCGCUGUUUGUAUCUCUCCCUUGCGCUGUGGCACCCUCCUCUUGUGGUCUAGUAUCUCCCUCGCGUCGUCGCGUGGUGACAAAUGGCAAUAACCCCAGCCGCAAGAGUCCGAGUUAUCGCACGUCUCCGGCCUCCAUUACCUGGAGAAGUGUGUGAUGAUGGGGUGCGUGUUGUUUCGCAUGUGCAUCGUGGUGGUGAGAAGGAAAAAGAGAACGUGAACGACACCCAACCCUCCGACCUCGCACCCGGAAUUCUAAUCCUCAAAGACCCUUCAUCAUCGAGUUUAACCCAACAAACCCAGCACUACCCCUUUCAUUCUGCGUACACCCCGCACUCCACCUCCGCGGCGCUAUUCACGCGGGACGUGUUACCGCUGCUCAACAACGUAUUGGGUGGGUCGACAGUGACAAUAUUCGCAUAUGGUGUGACGAGUUCCGGGAAAACACACACCAUGCAGGGGGAGGAAGGGAUUAUCGGGAUGGUUGUGGAUGAGUUGUUCAAAGGAGAAGGGGAAUUGGAUAUUUCAAUGUCAUAUUUGGAAUUAUACCUCGACGCACCCUAUGACCUCCUUGUACCCCCCACUCAACGGAGGAAACUCCAAAUUCUAUCUACCGUAUCGCGUGGGACGAAUCCCAAUCCCAAAAAUACCACUUUCGGACACACAAUCCACCUCCCCCACCUGUCCACGCACCCGAUCUCCUCCGUUGCGGAGUUCCACACCCUCUACCAAAGAGGAGUGCGCCACCGCUCCACCGGGGCAACACUGCUGAACUCCGGUUCCUCCCGCAGCCACGCGGUGUUGACGUUCUACAUCGGAGCGAGAGGUAAACUGCACCUCCUGGACCUGGCUGGGUCAGAGAACAACAACCUCACGGGGAACGAUCCACAGAGGAUGCGGGAGAGCGCGGCGAUUAAUACGAGUUUGUCGGCGUUGGGACAGGUCGUGGGGGCGUUGAAUGAGAAGAGUGGGGGGAGUGGUGCAAGAAUCCCCUACCGCUCCUCCAACCUCACGCGUCUACUCUCCGACGCUCUAGGCGGCACUUCUUUAGCGCUGCUCAUCGUAUGUCUGGCUCCGGGGGUUAAGUUCCGGGGUGAUCUCGUUAGGAGCGUUAACUUCGCCUCCAAAGCACAACGAAUCCAGAAUAAACUCCCUCCCCCACCCCCUCCACCUGCGCAUCCUGCAGCAACCACCCCCCUCUCAUCGAUAUCGAAGAAACCCACCGUCCCAUCGUCCAAGACGUUCAAUUUUGCUGUUCCUUUUCGGUCUUCCAACACCGCCUUGCCUUCAUCCUCCUCGACAUCAACGUUAAGGACAACGUCAACAUCAACAUCAACAUCAGCUGUUUCCCGUCCUCCCCGUCUCCUCCGUCCAUCCCGUCCAUCCCGCACCCGUCUGAGUGUCCACACCCAUUCCCGAACCCGGUCAGGGUCAGGCUCGAACCACAACUCGAACUCAAACCCCUCGUAUUUGUCUUUACACCGUUCUUCCCUACCGUGUUCCUCGAUCUCAUCGUCCCGGUCUUCCCGGUCCUCCUUACCCCGACUAUCCUCGCGACCCUUGCGAUCAUCGUUAAAUUCGUGCUCCUCGCGACGAUUGUCAACUGCGUUAUCCUCCGUACCCCUCCCCAUCCCCCGAAAAUCAUUCAUCCCGCUCCCUCUCCCUCUUGCACAGCCGCGUUUGGGUGUCCUUGUGCCCCGUAGUUCCUUCGCUCCUCCUGUUCCACCUCUUGCCCCUGUUUGGCAGUUUUCUCGCGGUACACAUCCUCCGGGGGGUUCUGUGAGCACAGAUACCACUCCUUCUACAAGUGCUACCACUGCUAGUACGUCAACUACACCUGCACCUGCAGAGAACCACACAACAAACCUAUCCCCAGUCCCCGAACGUGUCGAGGCUUUGUACCUACCGAGGUCGAGGAUUGGUCGAUAUAGUGGCGGCGGUGGUGGUGGUGGUGGUGGUAGAGGAAUAAGGAGAUCCUCCAUUCCCUCCUUUCUCAGAGAAGCAAGAAGCGAUGUAGAUGCGCGAGAUGAACAACAAAUACGAGCUGACAAGAAACACCAAGACAGUGGAGAAGAUACGAUCUCCUCAGGGGAUGUGGAUGUGGAUGUGAUGGAUGUGAUGAUGAUGGAUGGGGUGAUGGAUGACGAGGAGGGUCGGGAGCUGGUCGGUUUUUGUGAAGAAAAGGAGGAGCCGAAGGUAGGGGGGGUGAUGGUGGUGGUAUAGAAAGAACCGACCGAAUAAAUCUAGUACCAGUACGUUUAACGGAUCCAGGGGAGUUGCCUAAUGAACUUGCAAGUACGUAUCUCAUUCACACCUGUCAUUGCUUAUAUUU